CACACACACACCACGCCCCCUCCUGUCGGGAACACCCUGGCUGUGGAUAUCUGUCUUCAGACGGUGCCGAGGCGCACCUACACACUCGCAUACGGUCCCUGAUCCCUGAACGGACUCUCCCAGCCAGCUGUGCUCCCCUGUCGGCUCCUCGCCGCUGUCCGCAGCCGCCAGGCUUCCUGAGAGUGGUCACCUCUUGUUAGCUUCCACAAGAAACAGAAGAUUGGAGGAAGAAACACUGGAGGGACAAAGUUCAGACUAUGCCCGCUUUAAAAGAACAACCCAAUCGUGGGCAGAACAUAACAGAAAGAGGAGCACUUUGCAGCAAAAUGUAGUUAUUUCUGACUUUUUCCAUGCAAUACAUCUGCUUGGCUGAUUUAAUUGGCCGAGUGUAGACUGAGGGACCAAUGGAGCAGGUCGGGGAGGAUUUGAACCUCUCCUUUCUGCUGGAACAUGAAAGAGACAUUAUCCUGAAAGUGCUGCAGAAAGAUGAGAAAUUGAGGAAACGAGAGGAGAAAAGGAUACGGAAGCUGAAGAAUGAGCUGCUGGAGAUCAAACGAAAAGGUUCCCGUCGAGCCCAGGAGCUGGGGGAGCGACAGUGCGCUCGUUGCCUGAAGAGUUUGGGCCUCAUCUUUGACCGUGGAGAUCUCUGCAAGGAGUGUCAACUACGCAUCUGCAGCGACUGCCGUGUAACAAAUCCCAAAGCACGCCAGUGGAGGUGUAACGUUUGUGCCAAGAUCUCGGAGCUGAAGGUGGUAACAGGAGAGUGGUUCCUAGAGGAGCGGUCCAAGCGCUUUGAGCAGGGAGUGCCAAGUGGUGACGUGAUCAAACAGACAAUCAUGAGUAGCCCAAUCAUCCCAGACAAAAAGUCAACAGAAAACCAGUCAGCCACUUGUGAGUCAGAGAGACCCGACACCCCGAAAUCCAACAGAAGUGCAAUACUCAACAUUGUGGAUGGUGCCAGGAGGAAAGGAAGGAUGAAGAUGGAUAAAAAAGGCAGCCGACCGACCUUAAAGCCGGAGAACGGAGUCGACAGCGUCAGUGUCAAAUCUGCUUUGGAUGGAGAUGCUCAUAGCGUACGGAGUGUUUGCUCUGCUCAGAGUCCACGUUCAAACAGGGGUGGUGCGGUGGCCUUGGAGUCCUCGGGGAUGCCUACGGUACCCAACAACCUGCGUUCCCAAACUCCGGACAGAUCCUCCAUUACGAGCGAUAACCGGAGGGUCAGGCCUGACGGAGCGGAGAGCAUUGCCAGUGUACACUCCAGUGACAGUGCGCCUGAGAAAAAAGCUACAGGCCAUCACAGGACGAAUUCGGAUGCCCCGACCAUUUCUGUGUCCAGGGCCUCGGUUUCAUCAGAUCACAGUCGCUCAGAGAUGGACCUGUCAGCUCCUGGUUCUGAACCCAGUGACGACGCCCUCAGUCUCAGGAGCCAUUCAGUCCCCAGGCUCAACAAAGCAGAGUUUUCUGAUGAGGAUGCGGAGGAAGACAUUGAUGCCCUGAUGUCGGCUCACAGCAAGACUGCCAACCGACGCCUAAGCAAUGCGCUGUCAACGUCUUCCACCCCUGGCUCAGAGAGAAGGUGGGGGUACCUCAAUGUCCCCGACUCAGAUGCUGAGACUAGUAGUAUAAACAGCAUGAUGAGCAUGUACAGUGAGACUGGUGACUAUGGCAACGCCCGGGUGAGCGGCGAGAUCCUGCUGAACAUCACCUACAGCUACAAAACCGGGGCUCUCAACGUCCUGGUGAAAGAGUGUCACAACCUGGCAACAGGAGAUGAGAAGAGGCAACGCACAGACACUUAUGUAAAGACUUACCUGCUGCCAGAUAUGUCAAGACAGAGCAAGAGGAAGACGAGCAUCAAGCCCAACACCAUUAACCCUGUUUUCAAUGAGAACCUGAGGUACGUGAUCAGCCACACGCAACUGGAGACUCGAACCCUGCAGGUCUCCGUGUGGCACCACGACCGGUUUGGACACAACAGCUUCCUGGGAGAGGUGGAGCUGACCUUUGACUCCUGGGAGUUUGAUUCCCAGAUAGAGGAGUGGUACGCCCUGCAGCCCAAGGUGGAGAACAAUAUAGACUCCACAAUGCAGUAUAAAGGAGAACUGACUGUCGUGUUGAAGUACAUACCUGCAGAGAAGAACCUCAUGCUGCCGCUGGACCAAGUACAAGUGAAGAAAGGGUUCCUGAAAAGCAAGAAGAAGAGCAGCUUCACUCUGCCUAAAGGGGGCAUGGUUGAGCUCCUGGUCAAAGGAGCCAAAAAUCUAACUGCUGUCAAGUCUGGAGGCACUUCAGAUCCUUUUGUGAAAGGAUACCUCCUCCCUGACAGCAACAAGUCAACCAAGCACAAGACGGUGGUGGAGCGACGCACUGUGAACCCGCAGUGGAACCACACCUUUACCUACUGCGGGCUGCAGCCAGGAGACCUCAACAACGUCUGCCUGGAACUCACCGUGUGGGACAAAGAAGCCCUGGCCAGCAAUGUCUUCCUGGGAGGGGUCAGGCUCGGAGCUGGCACAGGCACAAGCUAUGGGAACGAGGUAGACUGGAUGGACUCAUACGGGGAGGAACAGCGGCUAUGGCAACGCAUGAUUGAAAACCCAGAAGUCCCUCAUGAGUGUACUCUGAUGCUGCGAUCCAGCAUGCGCAAGUGCAACACAUGAGCCGAAUCAAAGCACAGACAAGAGAGGAUAAAAAAUAAUAAAAGAGGGAGGAAGAGGUAAUGUGAUGGCGGGAGGAGAGAGCUGGAGAAGUGGAAUGGUCAAGAACAACAGAGGGUCCAGGACUCAAACGCUCAUAAAGGAACAGAUAUUGUCCCUCUCCCUACUUCUUUCCUCCUGGGAUGCCCUGUUCAGCCAGUCAUGCCUUACACACUCAUCCACAUGUCCCCCCCCCCCCCCUUCCAAAGCAUCUAGUCUUGACCAAGCACUGCUGUUUACUGCUGUAUAUGAAAAAAAAACGUGUUGUAUGUAACUUGUCUAGCCGAUUAAGCACACGGUGUGACUCCUGAUGCGUCCGACCUCGUCUCUGUGAUUCAUGAACCAGAGUAACAUCUGCAUGUAGUUACAGCUGACGGAGACCAUUUGUUAGGUGUUAGACAAGGCACUGAUCAAUAAUGUAGAGACUCAGACAUUCCUUUUAUAAGCAAAUGAGUUGCAUCCUGGUCUGAAACCCAUGCUAAUGCUGAGGUUCAUCCCCUUAUAAACAGUUAUGUACAGAGGUGGAAAGUGGCUAGUUCUUGUAUACUGUCCUAUUCAAGUAGAAGACGUUAUUAUUACUAAAAAACAAUUUACAAUAGUAAAAAAAUUACAAUAGUAGCACUAUUGACAACUCAAUCUCUGUUAAUCUCCGCUGCUCUCUAAAGUAGUGACCGUCUCAUAUUUAUAAGCUUUUGUUUUGAUUGCUUUAUAAGGGAAAAUAUUAUCAGCAAAAUUGAGUAUCCUCCAACAGUACUCUGUUAUUAUACUUGAGGUGAAAGUAUUAAUACUGAUUUUAGAACAUACUCUACACUAACUUUAACUUUUUUCAAUCACUUAAUAAGUCAUUAAUAAAAUGCCAGAAAACUUGUAAUAAAUGGCCGUCAAAUUUGCUCGAGUUUAAGGCAACGUCUUCAAAUUUCAAAAGUUUGUGUUGUCUGACCAACAGUCUAAAGCCACUAACCACUAAAAGUGGUGAAAUGAAAUAAAACAGCAAAAGACAACAAAUCCUCAAAUUUGACAAGCUGGAACCAUCAAAUGUUGAGCAUUUUUAGCCACGCUAAAAAAACAUUAGACAGACGCUACGUCUGUCUAAUGUUUGCUCAGUCCACCACUUUGGUCCAGACUGAAAUAUCUCAACAACAACGUUAUGGAUUGUAAUACAAUUUUUUACAAACAAUCAUGGUCCCCAGAUGAUGAAUCCUACUGAUUUUGGUGAUCCCUUCAUUUUUAAUCUAAGAGCCAUCUCAACAUCUACUAGAUGGAUUGGCACAAACUUUUGUACAGACAUAUAUGAUUCCCAGUCGAUGAAUCCUCUUGACUUUGGUGAACAUGACUUUUGUUCUAGUGCCACUAUGAGGUUGACAUUUGUGGUUUUGAGAAAUAUUUCAACAACUUUCUGAUGGAUUGUCAUGGAAUUCGGUACAAACAUUCACGUUCCCCCAAGAGUGAAAUAACUUUGGUGAUUCCCUGAUGUCUCUUCAGCGCCAUCAUCAGGUUAAGUUUUUCAAAAACCUGCGAAAACUAAUGACAUUUCCAUCAGCUUCAGCUGUAGUUUGUGUUUAGUGCUAAUUGCUAAAUACUAGCAUGCUAACAGGCUAAACUAAGAUGGUGAACACGGUAAACAUACCUGCGAAACAUCCACAUUAGCAUUGUGUUUGUGAGCAUGUUAGCAUGCUGAUGUUAGCAAUUAGCUUAAAGAUCCACUGUGCUAAUGUAAAGCCUCACAGAGCUGCUAGCAUGAUUGUAGACUCUUAGUCUUGUUGCUUGAUGACAUGAACUGAUGUUAAUUGAAAGCAAAAUUAUUGGAAAUGUGUCUCGGCACAAAAAUGUUCAAGGUCUUAAAGAAUGUACUUGCAGUAACAAGAGUUUGUAGUUAGUAACUUUCCAUCUCUGAUUGUCAAAAAUAAAAAAUCUAGACAGAUAACACAAUUUAGAUUAGCUUCGAUGUAAAUUAACAUAACACUGUAUCAGUGUGAUAAUAGAUACUGCAUGGUAUAAGAUAAAACAGAGGUAGAAGAACAAAAUAUGGUUAUGUAAAGCACUUAUAAUUAUAUCAUUCUACACUCAAAACAGAAAGUGCAAGAACCCUGUGACAGAGGGUGUGUGUAUAGAGUGAGUCAGCACUGAAGCCAGCUGCCUUCAUCUCAGGGGGAGCCUAAUAAUGAGUAAGUGACAGUCACCUUGUCCCUGUUGCCCGGGGCUCUGCCAUUCGCCCUCCUGUAAUGAAUCACAAAAUUCACAAAAAUGAUUCUCAAGUUAAACCCUGUACAACCAUUUCUCAUGUGGAAUGCCAAUUUUGUUGUGCUUGCCCUUGGCAAACCCUCUGCUCUGAACUCUCGGAGCACAACAGAUUCACACUGCACAAUUGUAGUAAUAAUACAUGAUGGUCACUGUACAACAUACUUUAGAUGAGAGGCUCGUGCUAUACCCGAUUACUGAAGAAACCCUUGAUGUACAGCAUGUACUAUCUCUGUUGUGUCUGGUUUCCAAGCAUCAAACUCACUGUAUUCAUUUUGUCCCAAAUGUGUUACAGGAAUAUUUUGAAAUAAACGCAUCUUUCCAUAGA